UAAGAUUUUCGCGGAAAUGGGUCCUCAGAAGUGAUAUAGAUUACUUUAUACCUAUGGUCCCUAUUGGCCCUCGCCUAACGGCUCUGGCCGAUGAAUUGCCUAUGCGAAAGCGAAAUGGUUUUUUUUUUCGUUUUAUAGCCCUAGUUAGCUACUUCUACACCUCACCUCACCUAAUCUCUAGUGUUAAUGAAACAGCAUCAAGUAGGUAUGAUCAACUACGUCAUUUAUCCUUGCGUUUAUGAUUGUGUAAUAGAUGAUCACGUCAUGUCACACCCACAACACGGUGAGCAGUCCAUGAUACACGUGAAUUAGGUACUUAUCUUAAACCGUACCUAUGUCAAGCGCAGCACCAGCCAAUAGAAUCAUUUCAGUCGGCGCCAGCAUCUAGUGACUGCACCAACGUGCUGCAGAAUAUUACCGGAUAUGAACAUGGGUACAAAAACAAAAAUAUGCCGAAAUUGAUUGUAAAAGUAUGGCAGAAAAAACAUCCCCAAAAGAUGCAAGAGGUGCAGCCGCCGCCUCCUCCGACUCUGUGGCUUCCAGCAGCAGGGACGCAAAAUUUUCGUCUGUGUCAUCAGUAGCGACAGGCACUGCGUUAUUUAAAAACGCGCCCGCGACCGCGAAGACGCGACCUCUGGUGGAGCCGGUGCUGACACUGCCCGCGCCAUGCUCCGCCUACGAGCCCGGCGGCUCGCGCGGCAGCUCGCUGAGCUCGUCGCCCACCACGCCCACGCUGCCCGCCCUCCCGCUCGCCGUCGACAAGCCCGACAACAACCACGUGCUCGCCGCCGACAUGCACCGCGAGGAGAACCGACUCAAAACCUUCGACAGUUGGCCCCUGACCUUCAUAAGCCCCCAAACUCUCGCCAGCAACGGAUUCUACUACCUCGGCCGCAGCGACGAGGUCCGAUGCGCGUUCUGUAAAGUCGAAAUCAUGCGGUGGGUGGAGGGCGACGACCCCGCUCGAGACCACCAGAAGUGGGCGCCCCAGUGCCCGUUCCUGCGGAAGCAGGCGGUGGCCGGCACGCUGCCCGCCAACCCCGUGGCCACGGACGGGCAGGACGAGUGCGGCGUGCGCGCGCCGCCCACGGGCGCCAGCGUGUGCAUGCCGGGCCCCGUGCACCCGCGCUACGCCACCGAGGCCGCCCGCCUCCGCACCUUCAAGGACUGGCCCAAGAGCAUGAAGCAGAAGCCCGAGGAGCUCGCCGAGGCCGGCUUCUACUACACCGGCCAGAGCGACAAGACCAAGUGCUUCUACUGCGACGGCGGCCUCAAGGACUGGGAGGAGGACGACGUCCCGUGGGAGCAGCACGCGCGGUGGUUCGACCGGUGCGCGUACGUCCAACUCGUCAAGGGCCGGGAUUACGUCCAGAAAGUUAUAUCGGAGGCGUGCGUCGUCCCCGAAACGAUAUCCGCGCCCAAACCGGAGCCGGUCGCCCCUACGAAAAGCGAAGACGAAAAAUCGGAAGUCGAAGACUCAAAACUGUGUAAAAUCUGUUACGAGAACGAGCGCAACGUGUGCUUCGUGCCGUGCGGGCACGUGGUGGCGUGCGCCAAGUGCGCGCUGGCCACGGACAAGUGCCCCAUGUGCCGGCGGACGUUCACGAGCGCCGUGCGCCUGUACUACUCGUGAGUGGAGCCCCGCGAGGCUCGGAUCUAGUCAACCGCCACCUGUCGUAGCGGCGUCCUGAACCGCGCCGCGGGAUACGCUUCCAAGCAUUCUGAGGGCGGGUGGCACCACGCCGAUCGAUCGAUCGAUCUAACUUAACGACCUUACAAAUUGCGGUGGCAGUUGUCAUUCCUGCAAACUUUUCAUACGUGCAAAUUCUGACGAACUAUGAUGAAGUUAGACGGUUUGGUGCGACCGGCCCUAAGAGUCGACGCGAUGUGCUGUGAUUUUUAAUUUAAAUCGACGGCGGGAGGACGAACGUCUCCGGUCCGACGACGAAUCGCUGGCGUAUUGUAAAUGUUGAAUGAUUUUAAAUUAUUUAUUGUAAAAAAUUUUGACAUGUAAAUUCAAUGUAAAUAACAAUUUUAGCUUAUCAUUUUGUCCCACCAGUUCAAAUGAAAUUCUAUAUGCUAUAAAUGAUGUCGCGUGCCUUUCUGUUGUGAAAGUUUGGACUGUCAAAUAAUAUGUUCACCGACUAGUCUUUUGAAAUAUAUUUAUGCUACUGGGGCCUUGUGAAUAACGUUCAGCAAGCCUAAAUAUGGCCAAAUAACAAACCAGUAACUGGUGGUCAUCAAAUAUAAUAGUGUAAAAAAGUGACUUCAUUUAUUGCAUUUAAAAAUGAUUAUUUUAUGUAUGAUUAAUUUGAGACAGUGAUUUUUUUUUUGUAAUUUUUUUAUAUUAAGUCCUUGAUUAUAGAUACCCCUUAGUAUUUUCAGUUGGAAACGCUUAUUAAGACUAUUGUUUAAUGAAAAAUAGUUAACCUAUUAUUGUUCCUGUAAAUAUGCUUCUAUUUUGACAAUAAUUUACUAAUUAAUGUCAAAACAAAGUAUUAGGUAGACAUAAUGAUAAGCAAAUAACUAAACAUAUAUAUUGAAUAAUUUCUUUUCGAUGAUAAAACGACAUUGUGUUAAUAAUAAAUAGGGAUCUGAGGGACCAAUUUGAAACGCGAAAUACGUAAUGUUGCUUCCUCUACAAAAUCCAGAGAGUUGAAUGCCGCUUAGGGCCUCCGCUAGCUGACGCGGACGCCCGCCGCGUGCGUACGCACGCGGGUGCUAUUUGUAGGUGAAAUCCGCCGCACGCGUCCGCUUCAGUUAGCGUUGCUCAUACUAUUUUUUGUUAACCCGCUCGUCCGCUCCGUGCACCCGCGCCAGCUAGCGGAGGCCCUUAAAGUUCCGCGUUUCGAAGUGCUCCUCCAUAUAAAUAUUGAAUUUUAGGUAUUUCAUCCAAUUAGCAAAGGUAUAACAAAAUACCUGAUCUAAUAUCAGCAUCAGAUUAUACCAUAACUUACAUUUGAAAUUAAAAACACAAUAAUGUAUAAUUAUUAAUUUCAAAAUAAAAUCCAGUUGCAAAUACAUAUGUUAGGUAUAAUUUUCUAAAAUAGCUGGUUAUUUUAUGACAAAAUAAAAAAUUACAGCAUAUAACUUAAAGCUAAAAAUGUAUUUGCUACUGGACAUUAGUCAGUAGAAGAGCACUGAAAAAGAUUAAAUUAUUGAGCACUGGUCUCAACCAUUAGACAAGGUAAGAGUUUUUUUCAUCUUAAUUACUAUAUUGAGUAAUGUUAAUUAAUGUUAUAAUAAAAUUGUUCAAUCAAA